AGGGAGGGAAACCCCUUGAUUGAAUCGUCUGGGAAAAUAUUUAACAUUAACGAAAAUGCCAUUGAGAGUGACAUAUCUGAUGGAAGAUCGGAAAAGAAAAAGGAAAAAGCUUUUUGAUUUGGGCAGCGGUAACCAACCAAAAACCCAAAAGCCAUAGCAACGGGGUUAGGUAUGAGAUUUGUUUUUUGUAAUUAUUUAGAUGCCAACUUGAUCCCCUAUUACAUUCAUCCGAGUUGUUGGUUCGUUAUUUAAAGUUUGAUAUUAAUAAAGAGAUUCUCCAUCGUUAUCAAAACUGAGAAAAUUUAGCAAAAACCCAUGUGAGUUUUUUUUUGUCACGUUGUUGGAGACUCUAUGCAUUCCACUAGCAGCUCAAGUGCCGUGCUCUUCUUCUGUUUCUCUGAUUGUCUUUUAUAUAUUGGUCUCAUUUUCUGUUUCAGACAACCCACCCCAGGACGCUAGAUCGGGGAAGAAGAUAGAUGGGGUGCUUCUGCUUCAAACCCUCAACCUCUGAGGAUCCUUUUGAAGCUGAAACUGAUAUCGUCAAACAAGUGUCAUCGAAUGAUGCUCACGUUCAAGAAGAUGAACAGCUUGCUUUGGCCAUUCAAAAAUCUAAAGAAGACGAAGAGGAAGGAAGGCGCACCAGGGACUUAGAAGAGCAUGCACAGGAGAGAGGAGAAAGGCAAAAUAAUUAUGACAACUCUUCUUCUUUGAAAGACAAAAAAGAAGGACAGACUUCUGAGGAGAGUGUAAAGGAGAAAGACAAAAGAAAGCAGUUUGAAGAAGAAGUGAAGCAUGAUGAACAACUUGCUGUGAGUCCUCCUCCUCCUCCUCCUCCUCCUCCUCCACUUGAAGAACAUGACAACAUUUCCUCUGAAGCUCCCUUGGAUGAGAAUGAGGAGCAGCGGAUUAUCUGGGAGAGUUUGAAGGAUAAAGGUCAAACAAAGCCAUCUGAAGAUGAGGUCAUUCCUCCUCGUAGCAAGUGUGGUGGUUGCCACUCUGAGAUUGAACAAGGAGGAUCAGUGGAUGUCUUUGGUGUUCCUUGGCAUCCUGAAUGUUUCUCUUGUGGUGCUUGCCGUAACCCAAUUGCUGUCCACGAGGUUCAAAACCAUGUCUCAAACUCAAGAGGCAAGUUCCACAAGAACUGCUAUAACCGGUACUGCUAUGUCUGCCAAGAGAAAGUGAAGAUUAGAGAGUACAAUAGCCAUCCUUUCUGGAAGGAGAUAUACUGCCCUGCUCAUGAAACUGAUGGAACUCCCAAGUGUUGCAGUUGCGAGAGGCUAGAGCCUAGAGAAACGGAGUUCGUAAUGCUAGAUGAUGGAAGGUGGCUAUGUCUAGAAUGUAUGGACUCAGCGGUUAUGGAUACUGACGAAGUCCAGCCUCUUCACUUUGAAAUCCGUGACUUCUUCCAUGGCUUGUUCUUGCCAGUUGAGAAAGAGUUUUCUCUUCUUUUGGUUGAGAAACAAGCCCUGAAUAAAGCUGAGGAGGAAGAAAAGAUCGACAACCAGCAUGGUGUGGUAACCAGAGGUAUUUGCUUGUCUGAAGAGCAGAUUGUCACAAAUGUGUCAAAAGGGCCAAAGAUGGGGGAGAACAAGCAGCUAACAGGAAAGACCACGGAAUCUCAAAGGGUUGUGAGUGGAUGCCCGGUCACUGCAAUUCUCAUCUUAUAUGGACUUCCUAGGUUACUAACAGGAUCUAUCAUGGCUCACGAGAUGAUGCAUGCUUAUCUUAGACUCAAUGGACAUAAUAAUUUGGACAAGGUUCUGGAAGAAGGAAUAUGCCAAGUGCUAGGGCACAUGUGGUUGGAGACUCAGAGAUACGCCCCUAUUGAUGUUGCUGCAGCUUCUUCUUCUUCUUCUUCUUCAUCAAAUGCAGCAAAGAAAGGGGAGUGGUCUGAACUCGAGAAGAAGCUGGUGGAUUUUUAAAAGUAUGAGAUAGAAACAGAUGAGUCAGCUGUCUAUGGUGAAGGGUUUAGGAAAGUUAACUAUAUGGUUACAAAUUCCAGCCUCCAGGAAACCCUCAAAGAGAUUCUUCCCCGCAGGGGUUGAAGAAGAUGAUGAAGAAGAAGAGCAUCUCUGAUUCAAAAGUUUUGAAUCAGCUCAUGUACGAAAAACAUACUACAUAUAUAUAUGUACACAUACGCACGUUUCGGCAUUUACUUGUUUCGCAAUAAAGCUUGUUUGGUGUGUGUAAAACUGUUUUUCUUCUUGGUAAAGUUGGAAAAGAGUAUCUUGCUGGAGCUGAUCGUCCGAACCACUAGUUUCGCCGUGGGCUUUUUCUU